UUUUUUUUUAAUUUCAAGUCAUGCCUAUUUCCAAUCACUAUCUUGAUAAUGGUUGUUUAUGGUUUACCGUAACUACACCUGAAUAUGAUCUAAAUGAAGAUAUACCUGCCCAGCAUAUACUUUCCAUAGAUCCAGGUUCAGUCGAACUUUAUAGAUACCUUCAUUCCUUGACUUUACCGUGUCAUCACGAUUCUUCAGUGGUUUCACCUAGGAAUUCUACGAGAUCUCUUACCACUAUAGACACCGAUCAUCCGAAAACGACCUCAUCACCACUUCAUGGAAAGCACUGUCCUGUCAUGAACCACAGUAUUCAGUCCAUGAUAUUAGAUUAUUUCGAAGUAGAGCAUAACACGGCUGCUCUUGAUCUAAUUGAAAAUUCUCUGGCAUAUCGUCAAAAGCCAACCAUGAUCAUUGUAUUUACUUUAUUUGAUAUCCUGUUAAGGAAAAAGGAAUUUGACAAUCAACAUCACAAGGAAAAUUGGAUUUUUAUGGAAAGAACGCAGGGUCUUUUAUUGAAUAUGCUGCAUCGUUUUGGCCCGCAGAUGUUUGACGGUAUAUGGAAUUCUUUCCGGCAUUUUCAUAUCCUAGGACAUAAAAAACAUUUUCGUCCACUCCCUCGAUCUAACAAUAUAGUACAUUAUGGUAACGGGGAUAAUAUGCACGCCAGUGAUAGUGAUAGCGACGAUGCAGACGAUAAUAUGGAGAGUAGAAUGUCAAACUCUGGUUUCGCAAACUUUGCUGAUAUUUGGGACUUUAUACAUCAAAGUUUUACAUCAAAGGAUCCCACAGCAACCAAGACAUUUUUACUUACACUGGAUAUUCUAGUAUCAAUACUUGAACAAGAUUUUCUAUCCAAAAAAGAUAGCUCUGCAAGUAUUCGAAAAAGUAUUUUUUUGAUGACUCUAAUGAAGAACAAUCAAUAUCGACGUGUUCGAUUAACGCAAUUUUUGGAUAUUUUACUACAACCUUUUGAUGACAACAGUCACUGCCUUUUACCGAUAUUUAGUUGCAAACGAAAGGAAUUAUCUGGAAGGUUAUUAAAUAUGAUGAUAGCAUUUUCCUUGUACGAUAGUGUUUUAUCCGGAACUGAUCUGGCCACUCAAUUCAAUGAAAAAUUAAGUGCAUUGGACUUGAGUGUAUCUAUCAAACUCUUCCAAUAUAUAUGUUUUGAUACAUUUAUCCUACAGCUAUGUGAUCUUGUAUUUUUAAAGAGUGAUUGGCAUCAAGUCCAAGAACAGUAUCUUUAUUUAAGAAACAAAAGGGAUACCAUGACAGCAACGGUCCACUCGCUACAAAAAUGGAUACAUAUUGUUACAAAGAUAGGACCCUAUCGAAUGAACUGGGAGGAUGUCCAUUGUCAUGUAUUUAUGGUCAAGCAAUAUUAUCAAAGUAUGUUAAGAUCUUCCACUCUGCGCUAUGAUUCAGAAACCAAAGGAUCAACUGUUAUUCGUGGUUAUGAUGACGUUGAUGAUGAUUCACUAGUAGCUCUGUUAGAUGGGGAUCUGAUAGGUUCGUGGCGCCUCCAAGUAGAAUCAUGGAUGAACCAAUGUAGUUUAAAUCCUUCUUCAAAUCAACCAUCAGAAUGGGACAUUUCUACCACUACCGAUCAAAAAAGGAGUCCAUCAAUGAAGGAUGAUGUAGAAUGGCUUUGUGAAUUUAUUUUUUUCUUUUCAACGCUGUGAUUAAAGAACUCCAAUGUACUGGUGGUGCUUCCUUUUUUAUAUAUUACGGAAAUAGUUGGAUUGAUUGUAAAUUAUAAUCUUCUUCUUAAUGAUCAUAGAUAAAUUGAUACUUGUAAAGAAGAACCGUUUCCUUUCUUUUUUUUUUUGCAUUGUUCCUCAUCACUCUUCUCUAUAAUAAACGCAGUAAAUGAAAACUAUCAUAUAAUGAUUCCCAAAAGACAUUACAAGAUUAAAAACAUUUGCCAACUGGUCGGAGCAUCAUGCUUGAUAUUAC